CGGACUCCAUCCGUGUACGUACGCCAUCCCGGCCGAGCUCUGAAUAUCCAUCCCGUUCCCCCCGCACACCGCACCAUAAAAAACUCGCCGGCGUCGGCGGGCUCACAUCGAACCGCCCUCAAUCCCACCGCGCGCUCGCCGCCAAACGCGAACUGGCGGGCCGCAGGCGCCCGGCCACGUUAACCAGGUCCUCCUAUAAAGAAGAGAGAAAUCCACCGCAACCACGAAUCGCCACUGUCGCCAGACGCCAGCAACAGUGCCCCCCCCCGGUUAUUUUUCACUCCGAACCACGCCACGCCGCGCCGCGCCGCGCCGCUCUAGCCAGCUGCACCCGCCUCGGCCGGCAUGGCCCGCCUCGGCCUCCGGCGCUUUCCGCCGCCGGUGCUCCUCCUCGCCCUCUUCCUCGUCGUCGCGGCCUCGGCGGCGGGGAAGGGAAAGAAGAGGGGCGGCGCCGGCGGCGGGCUGCGGUUCCGGCGGGAGGGCGGCACGUUCAAGGUGCUGCAGGUGGCGGACAUGCACUACGCGGACGGGCGGAGCACCGGGUGCGAGGACGUGCUGCCCGAGCAGGUCGCCGGCUGCUCCGACCUCAACACCACCGCCUUCCUCCACCGCGUCAUCCGCGCCGAGGACCCCGACCUCGUCGUCUUCACCGGUGACAACAUCUACGGUGCGGAUUCGACCGACGCAGCCAAAUCAAUGGACGCAGCAAUAGCUCCGGCCAUCGCCAUGAACCUUCCCUGGGCUGCUGGGAUUGGUAAUCAUGACCAAGAAGGCACCCUGUCACGGGAGGGCGUGAUGCGACACCUUGUAGGCAUGAAGAACACCCUGUCACGCUUCAAUCCUGAAGGAGUAGAAAUCGACGGCUUCGGGAAUUAUAAUCUGGAAGUUGGUGGGGUUGAAGGAACACUGCUGGCUAACAAAUCAGUGCUCAACAUGUAUUUUCUUGACAGUGGUGACUAUUCUACCGUGCCAUCGAUCCCUGGUUAUGGUUGGAUCAAGGCUACACAGGAAGCUUGGUUCCGGAAAACGUCUUCGAGUCUCCAGAAAAACUACACAAAUGAAGAACCCAGACAGAAGGAGCCGGCACCUGCUCUUGCAUACUUCCACAUUCCCUUGCCGGAGUUCAGCAGCUUCACGGCAUCCAAUUUCACAGGAGUGAAGCAGGAGGGUAUCAGCUCGCCGUCAAUCAACUCGGGCUUCUUUACCACCAUGGUAGAAGCCGGAGAUGUGAAGGCUGCCUUCAUAGGACAUGAUCACGUAAAUGACUUCUGCGGGAAGCUCACCGGCAUUCAGCUCUGCUAUGCUGGUGGGUUCGGUUACCAUGCAUACGGGAAGGCCGGGUGGUCGAGAAGAGCAAGGGUGGUAUCCGUGCAACUCGAGAAGACGGAGAGUGGCGAGUGGCAAGGCGUGAAGUCUAUCAAGACCUGGAAGAGGCUUGAUGAUCAACACCUCACCACAAUCGACCCCGAGGUCCUAUGGAACAGAGGCUCUAAUGAACCACAACUUAUCUGAGUGUCGCUGAUCGUCAGGGAGGCGCAGGAAGGAUCAUGACAGGAGCUGAGUUCAGGGUGGUGACUGAAUGCUGCAUCCUAUUCCUACCUCUACACAUCAUGUGUGCUGUUGGUGCUGCAGCUCAUUGCGGAGUCCGUAACCGUGUAAAUGAAAACAGAUUGUACACGACAUGUAUACAUGGGUUCUUGCCGUUGUAAUUUUUCGCAUCAAGGAAAAAAAAUGGGAUCAUGGAUGUACAAAGAAAAUGACUAUACAGAUGUCAAUGCAGCUCAUAAGUUUAUUA